UCACGAUCACAUGAUUCUUCGCCAUCUUAUUUUUGGGGAGGACCAGAAAGUGAAAACUUUGAUCUCAAUUAAUUAUUUCAGCUGACAGUUAGAAUCUGUUGACAUAAUCAUGGCAUCCAGGAAGAAGGUCUUGCUGAAGGUUAUCAUACUGGGAGACAGCGGUGUUGGGAAAACAUCUCUAAUGAACCAGUAUGUGAACAAAAAGUUUAGUAACCAGUACAAAGCCACGAUAGGAGCCGACUUCCUCACAAAAGAAGUGAUGGUGGAUGACAGAUUAGUCACUAUGCAGAUCUGGGACACGGCGGGUCAGGAACGUUUCCAGAGUCUGGGUGUGGCAUUCUACCGUGGGGCUGAUUGCUGUGUACUUGUGUUUGACGUCACUAUGCCCAACACAUUCAAGUCCCUUGACAGUUGGCGGGAUGAGUUCUUGAUACAGGCCAGUCCGAGAGACCCAGAAAACUUCCCUUUUGUUGUCAUUGGAAACAAGAUUGAUUUGGAAAACAGGGCUGUAUCUGCAAAGCGAGCUCAAGGAUGGUGCCAUUCGAAGGGAGACAUUCCCUAUUUCGAGACGAGUGCCAAGGAAGCCAUCAAUGUAGAACAGGCCUUCCAAACUGUUGCCAAGAAUGCACUGUCCCAGGAAACGGAGGUGGAACACUACGAAUUCCCCGACCAGAUCCGACUUAAUAACGACCAGAAUAAGCAGAGCCAAGGAGGGUGUGGCUGCUGAUUUGCCAAUGACUACUUGUUGUUGUUGUUGAUUUUAAAUAGUGAUCAUGCUUUCGUGAGGCACCACAACCAAAGUUCUGUGAGCGACAUCUGUCCAUAAAUUAAAUAAAGGAAUUACUUAUAAUAUUUCUGAAGAGAUAUAGAGUUAUUGUGAAAAUGUGAAAAAAUGAAAUGUAGAAUAUUCCACGCUACUCGUGAAGUAUUCUGUUGAGGUUGCCGUGAAAAACUUGUGACAUUCAUAAUUAUUGACAUUGCUGCUUUGAACAUUCACAGAGUAUAUACAUGUAUUUAAAUUUAAAAUUAUUGAAAUAUUACUUUGUCAUAUCAUGAAAAAAUUCUAGUACCAAAAUGAUAUAAUUGAAGCAAAUAAUGUUCCCUCCGAUUGAAAUCUGUACUCUGUAAAUAUGGAAUGUGCAAUCAUGUAUUUGUAAUUUUAUGCUUUUAAAUCAGGGUCUCUUAGGGCUAUUCGAUUUAAACAUACAACCCAGCCCAUCCCAAAGAAUAAAUAUAAAGGGGAGGUUUGCUACAACAAUUUUAAAAAGAAUCUAAAUGCAACAGUCCAAUUCCAAGGAUUGGUUUUAUGUUAAAAUGGAAUAGCCCUCAGUUAUUCGUACGAUUUCUAUUGCUUUAAAUAAAUUAAGGAGUAAUUUCAAAAAGUUUGACCAAAAUCAUUUAUAAAUACAGAUAUGUUGUGUGUGUUUUUCAAAUCUAUGACACUGCCCAUGCAUAUAGGGGAUUUCUGUACAUACAUGUACAUGCAUAUUUAAAGUGAUGCAUAUUUUAAUGUUAACACAUCUUAGUUUGAACAAAUACUCAGUAAACCCAUAAAACACUUAGAAGAGCCUCCUGUAUCAACAUAAUGGUCUAAUUGACCAUUAUACAGCUCAACUCCCAGCCCUCAAAUGCUUGAAAAAUAUAUGUUACUUAAGCUAUCCUUUGUGUGAGAAAUAUUCUAAAAAAGACAGUGAUAUUUUUUAUUAUUUGGAUAUGGCUUUUGAUCGAAUACUAGCAUCUUGGAUUUUUUUUCGAUUUUUUUUUGUAGUUUGUAAAUUAAUAAGUUUAUACGGCCUUAGACAUCUAAAUGUGUAAAUGAAGUCAUUGUUGAGAGAUAAUUGGUGACUAUCGGUGUUCAUUUCUCUUUUUCUUUUAAGUAGUAGAAAUUUAAAUUGUCAUUAGUUAUAUGGCUAGGGGUCACUUCUUGAUUACAAAAUGAGUAGUUGGAUAGAAGUCUAGGUCUUUAAUGCGAGGCUUGUCAGUUAUAUGGCAUAAUCAUUAAAUGUUAUAAUACAUAUUACCAUGUUUUUGAUAAACAAAAUAGAUUAUUAUGUAUAUAGAGCAACACUGUGAACACGUUAUCUCCCAUUUUCAUGUCAUAUAUUGAGAACACAGAAAAUCAUGUGCAUGUUCUAGCAUACAUGUUCAUUGAUAGUGGGAAAAGCUGGUCAGCUUUCACAUUUGUACAAUCAUACAUAAAAGGAGUUAGUUUAUUCAAUCAUUUUACUUUAAAUGUUUUAGUAAGUGUUUUUUGUUAAUUUUUCUUAAGAGUAUUCCGACUCUUCCUGGUGUUCACAGUGAUUUUGAUGAAGUUUUAAUCAUAUGACGCAAAAAACUACCGUUCAGAAAUGGUUGAGUGAUUGUAUAAAUGAGGUUUGUUUAUAUUGGCACAUUGUUAAAUGACCAUGAUUAUUUCAUAUGUAAAAUAUAAAGGUACGAAAUACA